UCACAAUCACAAUCCUUCUCUAUAAAAAAACUCUUCAUACUAUUUAUUCUUAUAUUUUUAGAUAAAUUUGAAUUUUUUAAUAAAAUUGAGGCGAAAAAGAAAAGGGUUGAAUCAAAAUGCGAAUGAGUUGUAAUGGAUGUAGGGUUUUAAGAAAAGGGUGUAGUGAAGAUUGUAUUAUAAGACCAUGUUUGGAGUGGAUCAAGUGUCCUCAAUCACAAGCUAAUGCAACUGUUUUUCUUGCUAAGUUCUAUGGUCGUGCUGGUCUCAUCAAUCUUAUCAAUUCUGGCCCUCAAAAUCUUCGUCCAGCAAUUUUUCGUUCAUUGCUAUAUGAAGCUUGUGGGAGAAUCGCGAACCCGAUUUAUGGGUCAGUUGGUUUUUUAUGGUCAGGUAGCUGGCAGCUCUGUCAAGCCGCCGUUGACUCUGUUUUAAAGGGCGAGCCGAUCAAGCCAAUAACUUCAGAAGCCGCAGCAAAUGAGCGGGCCCCACCGUUAAUGGCAUACGACAUACGCCAUGUGGCUAAGGACGAUAACUUGAAGGAGACUCAGCAAGCCAAGACUCGGUCCCGGUUUAAACGAACCAUGAAGCCAAAGGCAAGCAAGAAAACCGGGUCCGGUUUGGUUGAGGAGAAGAAUGAGUCUGAGUCGUUGUUGAGCUAUCAUUGUAAGGAUAAUGAGAGUGGGGUUUCGGUUGAAACUUCGAUCCUUUUUCACAACGAACCGGAGUCUAAACCUAAGAUGAGUGACCGAGCCGACGAAAAUGUGACCGAUGAGGUUGGUUUGGAGUUGAGGCUUGGAAUAGAACCGGUUUCACGUGAGGAACAUGUGGUUCCCAUAAAGAAGAGAAAAAUUGAGUUGAAAGAUUGGGGUGUCUCGUGUAAGGUUGAACUUGGGCUUGAGCUUGUGGCUUGAACGGCUUGUGUUGUUUUUUAUUUAAUCGGCUUCUAUAUUUGUAGAUGUCUAGAUGAUAUGAGAAGUUUCGAUGUAGAAAGGAAAAAAGUUGUUAAUUAUGUUUUUUUUUUUUUUAAUAUAUAUUUUCUCUAAUUUUUUUU